CGUCACCAUUUUGCUGCACGCACCACUCAGACAAAUGCUGAAGUCGCGAUUAAUUCGACGAUCGUGGGCACUGUAAAGGCUUCCCUUCUCUUCUUUGCUUUAGAUACGUUUGUUUUUCACAUCCUUUGAGUUGCAUCAUAUCUAGAGGGAAAAUGCCGUUGGUUUUUCUCGAACAACUGCCUCUUCCCUCUCUGCAAUCAUAUGUGACUGUAAGCGUGUUGUUGUUCGUUUCGGCCGUUCUCUACGCAUUGAAUGUUACUGUUGGUUCUGAUGAGAAGGAGGAGUUGAAUAUUUACGAUUUUAUGUCUCAGGAUAAUUUUUGUUUUUGGGUAAGUGUUUUUUCGCUUUUACUAAAGUGCUUUUUAGCCGAGAAUUGAGUAUUCCUCUAAUAUUUGCCCUUGCAUUUUACUCCCUUAGUCGAACUUGAACAUGGCCUACUGUUGUUUGUUUUUGUUCGGGAAAAUUAUCCAAAGGGUUGUAUUUGGAGAUCUUCGCGCCAGUGAACUUCAGGUAACUGAUAAAACGACAGUUUAGAAUGGUAUGUUUUCUGAAAGUUAUAACCGUAGCCUAAUUCAGACUUGAUAAGCUUUGUACACCCGCUUAAAUGACCGACCGGACAAAAAGUAACUCCUCGAGAAUAUAGUAAUUAUGGUCGACUUUCAAAUAUUGAUCUUUUGUUUAAUUAGCUGCGCAUCUUGCAUUCCUUCUUAAUUGAUAAAAUUAUAUAAUGUUUGAUUUGAUUCAAUCUCGUGAGAAGUAAAAGGUUAGGAGAACGGUAGUGAUCCAAAUCGAUUUCCUUUGCACUCCAACGUUUUCUCAGACUUCCUACUCUUACUUAUUUUGAAAAGAUAUUUUAAACUUACCCAAACGUGUAUACAUUAACCAUAAUAACGUGCUCACUUUUUCUUCACACCGUAAUAAAUUCGCUCAUCAUGACAAAGCUUACAAAUGCAGAUUUUGGUUUUACUUGUGAGCUAAAUAUUGGCCAUCUUAAACUUCAGUCUUGCUCAAAUAUUUGUUCCAUUUGUGGUUUGAGGUUUGGAUGUCUACCUGUGAGAGCCAGUCUAAAGUGAUUGGUUCACAUAUGAACAACAUUUUAACCAAACCAUGUGGAGAGUUUAAACGGAUUUUGGUCUUUGUCUUACAGCAAAUUCAAGACAGAUUCUGGAACUUUAUUUUCUACAAGUUUAUUUUCAUCUUUGGAGUUCUAAAUGUGCAGAAAUUCAACGAAGUGAUGUGGUGGACGGCUUGGUUUACUCUACUCGGCUUCUUUCAUUUGUUCACACAGCUCUGUAAAGACAGAUUUGAAUAUGUAAGUCAUUAGUGUCUUGCCUUGAUUGUUAGCUGUCUGAAUUACACCUGCUAUGGUAGCUUAAUUGAGGGCAAUUUUGUGUCCCAUACCCUCAGAUAUCACAUUGAAAUUAUUGAGAAGUUUUUGUUUAUUUUUAGAUUGUUGUUUCGUUUAUUUUUGUUUUUUUCGUGUCAGAAUCAGUACAUUGGACUUCAGGGUAAAGGGUCAUGGUGUGAACAGAGAGUGUUAUAACAAAGCCAUAGUCUUUUGAAAAUCACUUACAUUAUGAUUCAAUCUCUUAUGGGGCAUGCAGACAUCUCAAGAGAAUUUUGAAAGAACAAUUGUUCUUCUCUAAUGAGUAUUCUGUCCUUGUAGGGAGUGGGAGGGUACAAACAAAGUAAAGGGAUUAUUAUUCUACCACCACUUGCUUGAGCUGAUAUGUUUUAUCAGCUGAAAUAAAUAUUGAGGAAAUGUUUCUCCUGGUUCUAAGAAAUGAUUGAAUCAUGACCAUUUACAGAGGAACACGAGAAGAUACAUCAUAGUGAACAAACAAACUGAAUUGGCUUUUAUUUCUUCUAUAUUUUGUUAUUUUUUUCUUAAUGUUCUUUAUGCCCACACACUUCAUUCUACAUUUUCUUGUAUAAUAUUAAUGGCACAGUUAAUCAUUAUACUAUGAAGGCUCUUUUCUUCCUGGUCAGAAGGGUGUCUGCUUACAAUUAAUAGAUUUUUAAGCAAGUUUAUCACUAAAUAUACCCCUUUAAUUUUUUCCUUUAGUUGUCUUUCUCACCAACAACGUCUCCUUGGUCUCAUGCAAAAGUGAUUGGUUUACUCAAUACUUUGGUGUUAUGUUGCAAUGGAUUGUUCUUCAUCUGUCUUUUUAUUGGUUGGCCAGAUGGCAUACACACUUUCACAUUCAUGUUGGCUGAGGUACAUAUAUAGUCUAUCUUUGCAGUUACUUUGUGUAGAUGAUUACUUAUUUUUAAAUGUUAUCUUCUCUUAUGAGAAGUUUUACAGUAUAUGAUUUUAUUUUUCAGUGUAUGCUGUUACUGAUCAAAAUAGUUCAUGGUCUGAUAAGGUAAUUUCUAUUUUGAUAGUUACAUGAUAAGUAUCAAAUGCAUGUGAUGAUGUUGUUCUUCUUUAUUAUUUUAAACUCUUCUGCUAGCAAGCUGUGAGUGACCUUGUGAUUGAGGUGGAUUGAGGUGUUUGUAUGGCACUUUAUCUUAGACAGGCACUUCUCAGAAAAUUUUCAGGGAUGAAAAUUACCAGCUGAGUAUAGUUACCCCUUGCUCCCAUCUCCAAUCUUGAAUGAAGCAGUCCAAAAUUUGAAAUUCAUUUGAUUCACAGUAUCCAGACUUGUUAUCAAUAAUCCUCUUAUAUCCUGUAGGUACGGCAUUCAUCUGUGGGAUAUAGGUCAUACCAGUAUGUGGGAAGGAAGAAGCACAUGGAGUUACAACACAGACAUGAUGAUGGAAUUGGCCUUGUACGUUGUGGACUUUGCUCAUCACCUUCACAUGUUGGUGAGAAUGAAUUAAAUAUUAAUUCUGUUGUUAUUUCUGUUUGAAGUAAAUGUGUUCCUAAAUGGUCCAUUUCCCUGGGCAGUAAAUGAGAUAAAUGAUAUCGAAUGAAAUCUGUGCUGUGUCACAAAGAUAAUUAUUACUCAAAUUACAAUUACAUAAAUGUUUAUUGAUAGUAAUUCUGGUAAUUGACAAGACAUGAAAUUUUAAGAACCAUUUGAAAACACUGAGGUAAAAUCAAACAACAGGUGGAAGUUUUUGAAAGUUAAUUUGUAUUUGUGUUUCAUUUUCUGUAAAUGCUGCCAGUUAACAACUUUCUUGUAAAUAUAAAAAAGUUCCUCAUUGGUUAUGACUGUGCAAGCUUUAUUGUAUUAUACUUAUCCAGACUGGCCAAAAUUAGAACUAUGAAAGGUUAUUCUCUCUUUUUUUUUUGUGCUUGCAGAACCAUCCAAUAAACAAAAUAUCUGUUAGUGGUAUUUAAAAGCAGACUUUUUCACUUUUUAUAUUUAAUUGUAUUCUUUUGUUUCAUAGUUGUGGUCAAACAUCUUCCUAAGCAUGGCCAGCUUGGUGUUGUGUAUGCAACUUCGUCACCUCUUCUAUGGGAUCAAGAAAAAGCUGGCAAAACAUCGGAGUUAUGUAAGGAUUAUCAAGUGUAUGGAGUCAAGGUAAUUUGUCUAGUUUGAUUAUAGGUUUGAAACAUCUUUUGAAGAAUAAGUUAUAACAUGGUGAACCUUUAAAUGUAUUUUAACCCUUUAACUCCCAGAAGUGAUUAACAAGUAUCUUCUUCCUACAAUAUUCAUGCAUUUUCCAGCAAACAGGUUAUGAGAAUACUCAAUUGUAUCAGGUAGAAGUUGUUAUCUUGAUCUAACACCAAAUUCUCAUAAGUUAUUUACGAGGAAAUGUGUAACAGCUAGAGGGGAGAAUUAACAAUUGGAUAUUGGGAGUUAACCCUUUCACUCCCAAGAUCUAAUUAGUAAUUCUCCUUAAGGCCUAUUUACACGGUACGACUUUGUCGCAUGCGACAAGCUUACGACAGGCCUACGACACGAAUUGUAUCGUGUAAAUCAAACCUACCACUCGCUCACGACUGUCGUGCACGUCACGAAAAAUGUCGUAGGAUUUUAAAACAUGUUUUAAAACGCUGCGACAGUCGUAGCCGAAAUUGAUAGAAAAUGACGUAUUUUGUGACAAAUUUCUACUGAGUAGGGGAGGAAGGUGAAAUUUUCUUGCGUCAAAAUGGCGGAGGAAGUCGCCUCCGGAAAGUCGAAGACUGCUUCCAAAGCGAGAAAUACAUUCUCAGAUGAGGAAACAGAGAAUAUGAUAUCACUGUGGAGCAAGGAAGAGGUUCUUUUCCUUCUCUUGCAAAUUAUUGAAACAAUGACCGCGGCCGAAACGAGUGGAAUUGCACGCGAUUUUGGCAUGUCGUAGGUGAAAAUGUCGUGCGCGUGUAAAUUGUCCUAAGUCAUGUCGUAGGCCUGUCGUAAGCUUGUCGCAUGCGACAAAGUCGUACCGUGUAAAUAGGCCUUUACUAUCUGCCAUACAAUUCUUAUGAUGUUAGUUCAGAGAAUUUGGUAUUGGAUCAACUAAUAAUCCCAUAAUUGACCUGCUUGCUUGAUAUUGUAUUGAUAUUGUAAGGAGAAAUUUUGCCUUGGUCACUUGUGGAAGUGAAAGGGUUAAAGAGUUAAAUGUGACCAUGUAGCUUACUAUUUUACAUGUGCAGUAAUGAGAUGCAGAUGAAAGGUGAUAAUUUUGCUGCAGUGGUGAAUUUUUUUUUAUUUUUUAUGGAAUCAUUUUACACCUCUGUCAGUGGUACAGGCAAAAUUUGUAUAUUUUUGUUGAAUGCAACUUGUUUUUUGACAUCUAAUUGAUGGUUGUCUGCAUAUGAUCCUCAGGUUUCCCUUGGCAACAGAAGAAGAGUUGAUUAGGAAUAAUGAUGAUUGUGCCAUCUGCUGGGAUUCCAUGGUUGCAGCAAGGAAGCUACCAUGUGGUCAUCUUUUCCAUAAGUAUGAAAUUGUUUGAAUUGUUCAAAUUAAUUUCCUCCAAUGAGGAGCAUUCCAACUUGAGCCUUUACCGUCCUUUUUACAGCUAUAUGUACACACUCUUUCUAUCUCAUGUUAAUUCUUCAGCACUCAAUAUGGUAACAAGAAUUACUUCUGUACUCGAUAAAACACCCAUUGAUGGUUAAAAUGCUGAUCAAGAACUUUUUUUUCGGUUAGUUCUUGUCUCAGGUCGUGGCUGGAGAAUGACACCUCCUGCCCUACCUGCCGCCAGUCACUUGCCAGCGAUCUGCAACCUGAGCAGGAGGAGCAGAGGCAAUCAAGAGGAGUGGCUGCAUUUAUGAUGGGACGUGGACUAAGAAGAAACCACUUUUUCCACUUUGAUGGUAAGGUUAAAGCCAUUUGCUCAUAAUGGCCAAAUAGUCAGACUGGGAUGGUGGUGAUUUAACACCACUUUAGACAAGUUGCUUGUUACUUGGUAAUUAAGAGAGUAAACCAUUCUUUGCCAUAUUUUCUCUUUAGGUUCUCAGAUAGCCAGCUGGUUUCCAAGCUUCUCUGUGGAGGUCAUGCACACUGGAGUGGAAAAUGCAGCUGAGGGUCAACUUCCAGAGAGCCGCAUUGAAGCUAUGGUAAAUCUUUAUCAAACAAUUACUCCAUGAGCAUACAAUGGAUAUGAGAUGACAAAUAGCCAACAAGGCCUCAUUGGCUAAAAUCAUCUCACAUCCAACAAUUGGUAGUGGAAUAAUUGGUUUAUUAAAAAUGCCCCAAAAUAGAGAUAUAUCUUCCCAACUUUAUUUUGUAAGAACAAAGGGAUUGUUAAAAUGUACAAAAAAUACUUCCCAUUCAACUUGUCUUCAUGUGUGUGCAUAGUUUAAUGGCUCAUGACCCAUGAUGGCUAAGCCAAUGAAAACUCUUGAAUUGCAUUAUCCCAAGAACCAGUUUUUGAUAAUUAGGGAUUUUCAGUCAAUAAUUUGUUUUUGUUUCUUCCAUUCUUUUUAACCAUUUUUUUAUUGUGCAAUUUAUCAGAAUGAGCCAAGGAGCAACAGUCCGUUCAUAAUGUAUUGUAAUCAGUUGUGAGAUUUACUGAUGGAUGACCAGGCUGAGUGAAAGUCAUUGCCAGAUUCAAGAUCAUCCAAGCAUUACUCACUGUUAGAACUAUGGUUCCUUUCCAGUAUUUAGGUCAUUGGAUAAUUUCACUCAGCUGUCAAUUUCCUAUUUAAAAUUGACUAAGAAUGGUGUGAUGUUUAUCUUUAGGCACACCAAGUACAAGCCAUGUUUCCAAAUAUGCCAUUCAACAUCAUUAUGGAGGACUUAAGACACACUCACUCCCUUGAGGUCACCACUGAUAAUAUUUUGGAGGGAAACAUAGCAGUGCCUUCUGUAAGUGAUGUCCCUCAAUUAGAAUUGAAAUAUUGCAAGUGGGAGGAUUUUGAAGUGGGGACCAAAAUGAUAAACAAAGUGACAACAAGAUAACUUUCUCUAAAGAUCCCAAGUUAAAAUGUUACAAUCUCCUUCAAAGGCAAGUCUCUAACAAUAGUAAGAACUUAAAGUCCUUUUGUUAAUAUGCACGCACCAAUCACAUGUAAAAUUCAUGCAUGUUACGUUAUAUUGUGGGUGAAUUGAAACUGUAAAUGUAGGUAUCUUCUAAGAGACUUAGAUGACAAAGAGGAAUAAAAUCUGGUUUCUUCAGCAUAUUCUGCUUUCGGCUGUAUGCAUGCUUACAUACAAAUAUGUGAAUGAACUUUAAAAAAGGUUAUUGAGAAAUUGAAGGAGUGAAAGAAAAGAGAACCAAAUUAGAGUUUAUUCUUUCCAUAAGUAGUUGAUGUGAUUGUCAUGCUUUGACUUACAGGUCGUGCUUCAACUCACAGGUUAUCCUAAUUUCUGAAUCUUAACACUGUGACUUAAUUUGCCUUGUUUAGGUCUGGACACCACCUGAGGAACAAUCAGAGGAUUCAGAGCUCCUUCAGAUAACACACCCAGGUAUGUGCUCAGAAAAGACUUUUUGUGCUAGGCUGGAUGAUAUUCCAAGGAAGAUGAUUUAAUUUCUAUAUAAAUCAUCUAACAUGUCUAACCCUGGGAUCCCAAGCCAAAGUUGCUAGAAGUUGUUGUUAAUGUAACAGGAACAUGACCCUGGCCAGGCAGGUUACCCUAACCCCACCUUGCAGCAUUUACAUGGCAAAUUAUGACCCUGGCUGACAGUGUUACCCUACCUCUCAUACUGGACAAUCUGCGGCAAUCUGCCCAGGCAGGCUGCCCCACGUGUGUUGUAAACAUGAUCAACAUAAGUUAAGGGAUUUUAUGGACAGAUGGGUUACCCAUCCUAGGCGUAUCACUUCACCUACCUGGGGUGCCCCACCUCCAUGUAAACAGGUCCUCAAACUCAACAGUGUAUUUGGGUGAGGUGGGGCAAAGUAAACAUCAAUGCAGUCAGGUGGGAAAAAUUAGCAUCCCACGAAACUCUUGCCACUUAUCGUAGAUAUGCUUAUGGUUCCUUGCAUACUCAUAUUUCAGACUCACUGACACCUUCAAAUACACCUGAAGAAACUGAAAGCUCUACAAGUGAGACAGAACAAGACAGCACAGAAGCAUCUAAUAAUGCGGAAGUGAUGAGAGAACAGGCACUUGAAGAGGCUGCCUCGUUGGAGCAGCGUCCAAAGCGUGACGAGAGCCCACCACCUAAUGAAACACCACCGGGAGAGAGAUACAGGAGUGUAUCGCCAUCUUUGAUGGAGUUUUCAACACAAUCUUCAGUGAGACAGUCCCUUUUGUUAAAGAGAAAAGAGAUGAUGCUUCAACAGGCAAGGAGGUGAGUGAUAAAGUCAGAAAUGAAGAAUACAAAACUAUCUUAGGAUCUAUGUAGAUUUUAUAGGUGUAGAAAGGUAAUGGAGUGUUAGCAAGAUUUGGGGCCAACUUGCAAUGGGCUACUGCGCUUUGCAAGGGUAUUUGAUUAGCAAUUCUUCCAGUCACUUUGUGCGGUAGAAAUCUAGAUAAACUUCAGGAUAGGCCGCAGGGAUUUUAAACUGACUUAAACUUUUAAAUAUUUUUUACAUGUAUGCUUUCGACUUUAUUUGGCAUUUCCGAAACAGUAGAAUGGUUUCUUUACACAAUAUCAAUCUUAUUACGUCUUUCAGGCGUUUUAUGGACAAAGAAGUCUCCAAUCAGAGUGAAUCCAGUCAGUAGUUGACGCAAAGUGACAGUCUCUCACAGUGGAAGCAGCUGAUGCCAACGUUCCAGAUGGUAGGGCAGUUGUAGCCCGGAAGAUGAACAUCAGGCUGCUGUUAAACUUUGAAAAUCCCUUUGGGGAGUGCAAGAAACUAAGAACAAUUUAAUCAACUUUAUGACUCAGUAAAAACCAACUUUAGACUCAAAGACAAAUUAAAGAUAUCCUCCUUUUGAGGAAACGGGCGUAAGAUAAUUUUCGUAGAUCGAUGGUAAAAGUCACUCAAGGCGUGGUAUUCAAAUGACAUUACUAAGUCAGUUCCGCUUAAUCUCAGUUUCCUUUAAACUUGCCCGUCCAUCUAUUACUGGGUACAUUUUGCAUAGGUUAGAGUGACGAAUUUAAAGCUUCGACUAAAACUUUAGUGUAGCUCACAUAGUGGGCAUAUAGAAGUAUGCAGUGUAGUCAUAUGACAGAACAAAUCACGAAAUAUUGUUUUUACUCCGUGGCAGAUACCCUACUUGUUCUAUAGUGCACGCGACUAAAUUAAUAGACCUACGCAUCGGGUUUGAUAUUAUCUUGAGGAACCUCGAAAAACUUUGACUAGACCCUUGUGUUGUAAUCGAGGCUCUGAAUGUGAUCCUUGUGCUGAUUCGAGGCUGGACGCUUAAUUACUUUCCAUACCUACAAGGUGGGCGCUUAUUCGGGUGCUUAAUCUAAUAAAUACGGUAGUUUUGUUUUCCAAGGCUGAAAAGUCGUUGAAAUUUGAAAAUUUGUGUUGUCAAAUUUCGUAUGAAAAUGAUUAUGUUAAAUGGCUCAAACUGUUGCAAUAAUCAUAAUUGUAUAACGUUUUGUUGGAAUGUUUUUCUUCAUAAAACACGGAAAAGCCUUUUGAACAGUUCCUGGGAUUUCAUGGGGUUAAGAUAAUACAAACUCUGUGGUAUUUAUGUUCAAUAGUUUUGUAGUUAAAUUUGUAAAUAAAAGAAGGUAGUUAUUAAAUGAUGAUCACUGCAGUGGAUG